AUGUCCUCUCCUUCAACAUCAGACGAGUCCCUCUCGCCCACCACUACCCGCUCCUCCACAAAAUCUAACAUGAAGAUCGCGAUGCCGCCUCUCCCGUCGGCCUUUGUACACCCGAGUCCCGCGUACAUUAUCGCGCCGACGCCCUCGCCAACCCAAAACCCAACCAACGCCUCCUGGCACUCACAGGCCCACCAUCACCACAUCCAUAUCGCGACGCCACACCCCCUGGCCGCCGCGACCAAUUUCCUCGACAAGCACGUCCCGCUGUUCGCCAAGCAUCACGCCGAAUUCUCGACCCAGCACGAGAUUCGCACUGCUAAGCGCGAGGCCCGCCACAGUCUAGUAGAGUCGCCAAUCCCGGAGCUGGAUGCCGAGCAUAUCGCCGCUGAUGGAGGCGCUGUCGGUGCCGCCAUCCACAGCGCGACGGCCAUGGGCACUGCCACCGCCCUGGGCGAGGAGUCGCAACACGCCCUCGACCCGGCCGCCUGGAACGAGGUGCUGGCCAAACGUGAGGCCGCCAGGCUGAGGUCUGGGUCCAACAUGGUCCGGCCCGACGAGCGCUUCAUGCACGAUCUGGCCAGUGAUUCCGAGUCUAAGAAUUCGGGCUCGCCGGCCAUCACGCCCUAG